GAUUGAAAGAAAAUAUUGCUAAGAGCAGUGUUACAACUGUGUCCUAACUGUUUCAGUGACAGCCGUGUCGUUAUUUUCCAAGUCUUCCUCAGAGGAUCUAAAACAGAAUUCAGUAACCUGCCAUUUACUUGUUAGGCUGACGUGUUUUUCAAUAAUUAGUGUGAAUGUUAGUUAACAGGUUUUAUUAAAGCACAUUCAAACUACCGAAGUAGAAUAUAAUUUUAUUUUACUGUCAUCUGGGUUAUAGCUAAUUGCAGCAGGUGUCAGUUUAAAUGUACAAUUAAUAAGGCAAUUAAAAACAGCAGUCAACAGCUGUAGUCAGCUCGAACUGUUGAAAGUGCCAACACGUCCACCGCUCUUUUGUGAUAUAUUUGGAGAACUGAUUUGCCUUUACAGAUCAUUAUUGGUGAUUUCUGUGCUAUAAAUAAUGGCAUGUGUACAACGUCAGAAAACAACUCAGAACACUCAACUGUUGCCAAACCAGGUCUUCACAGAGCAGCAGUCUCUGGUUGUUAUAAAGAAACUCCUGGCAAUUUCAGUAUCAGGCAUCACAUACCUCCGGGGCCUCUUCCCAGAGAAAGCCUACGGAAACAAAUAUAUUGAUGAUCAAAAAGUAAUGAUUCUCAGAGAAGAGCGCAGUUGUCCAGGGGCCAGUCAGAUUGUCUUGUGUAUGCCUAUUUUUCAAAAAUUUUCCAGGAUGCAGGGAUGUUUUGAUGCCAUAGAGAAAAAAUAUCUCCGGAUUGUUUUUUUGUCCAUCUACACGGACCAAGACCACCCUGAGAAAGUGACAGAGUUUUACCAGUUCAGGAUUCAGUACACUGCACAGGGCGCUCAGAUGGACUUUGAGAGCAAGAACAACAACUACCACAGCAAGAUGUCAACAAUGUCUAGCGGUGACACCAAGAAGGCCAGCAUCCUGCUGGUAAGGAAGCUCUACACACUGAUGCAGAACCUGGGUCCUCUGCCAGACAACAUCUUCCUCAACAUGAAGCUGGCCUACUACGACAACGUCACUCCUCAGAACUAUCAGCCACCGGGCUUCAAAGAGGCUGACACCAACACUUUGCAGUUUGAGAUGGAGCCCGUGAAACUGACCAUGGGUGAGGUCAAAACUCCGUUUCACACUCUGAAGAUGGACAUGGCAACAGAGAGACACAGACUGGAGGAGGUGGAGGAGAGCGUAAAAGUGACAGACGAGUGGGUUUUGGAGAUGGAGGAGGAGAGUGUCCUUUCACAGAGCCACAUGAUUGAAGACGUGGAGGGUCCUGCCUCAAAUAACACAGACUCCAAACACACCGAAAUACAGAUGAGCUGCAAUGAGACUGAGAUCCUGGAUGACGUCACAGAGGUGGGCACUCUGGUGAAGAGGACCUCUGACAUGGAGGUGGAUGUGAAGAGGAUGAGGAGUGGACGUGUCAUUUCAACUGCCACGGAGUCAGAUGUUACUGUCAACAAACCAACAGCUUUGACCAACAAAAUGAUUUGUCAGUACAACAUGCCCAGCAGCCAGGAAACACCAUCCACCACCACGUCAAAGAGAAAACGCAAAUUCAGCGAACCCAAAGAUCAGUACUAAAAUACCUCCGAGUCUGUUCACACCGAUGGAGUUCUGUUCCCACGUUAACUACGUACAUGCCAUACAGUUUAUUUUAAAGAAACAUUUGAGAAGCCUUUACUGGAAGUUAGUUUAUUUUAGAAGUUACACCUCUUCUCUGAACAGUCAGCAGCUCAUUCUGUGGAACGACAGAUGUUCAAUGUGAUGUGACAAGAGUUUAGUCAUUCAGUUUAAAUGAGGAUUGAAAAAGUGUAUUCUGUCUCUCAAAUGUUCUACCAGUUAAGGUGUCAUGUGACAAAUAUUCCUUAGUCAAAAUAAAACCUGUUCAUG